AUGAAUCAGCGAGCUGCCCUGUCGCCUCUGAAAGCUUACCUCACAUCACAGAAGGUAGACCUGAUGAAACAUAUGACCAAGUUUCAAUGGGACAAAGCUAAGUAUCCCACGGCUCUGCCUCUCUCCAGCCUGACWGACAUCAUUAACAAGGARAUCUUACAGGUGGAGACAGAAUUAAAAACUCGCUCUACAGCAUACAACAGUGUAAAAGCCAAUUUGGAAAGCCUCGAACACAAUCAAAAUGGGAAUUUACACACCUGCAGUCUGAAUGGUGUUGUGAAGAAAGAAGACCUGGUGGUCUCGGAGUAUCUGACAACUCUGAUGGUGGUGGUGAGCAGAGAGAGCUUCCUGCUGUGGGAGAGAAGUUAUGAAUCCUUUUCAGAGUUUGUAGUUCCACGAUCGAGCAGGAAGCUGUUUGAGGACAGGGAGGGGGCCAUCUUCUCGGUGACACUUUUCAAAAGAGCUGUACGGGAUUUCAAAGCCAAAGCUCAGCAGAGCAAGUUUAUGGUGCGAGAGCACAGCUUUGACGUGGAGGAGAAGCAGCAGCAGGAGAUCACGAAGCUCAGAGUCCAGAAAAAGGAGCAGUAUGGAAUCUUUGUGCGCUGGCUGAAGGUGAAUUUCACUCAGGUGUUCAUUGCUUGGCUUCACUUGAAAGCAUUAAGGGUGUUUGCAGAAUCAGUCCUCAGGUACGGAUUACCUGUGAACUAUCAGGCUUUUCUGCUGGAAACUGAGAGGAAACGCUCCAAAAAGCUGAAGGAGGAACUCAACUCUCUGUUCGUGCAUCUGGACCCCACUGCCACCACGACAGAUGUAGGCUGCGACAUCCCAGGACUCUGCCAGCAGGAUUACUCCUCCUACAUCUGCUUCCACAUCAGCACCACCGUGCUGGAGAUCAGCGAGAAGUCAGAAACGUGACUGACGCUCCGUUCGCCUCAGAACCAGAAAUAACUCCACAUGCAUAAAACAAACAAGUCACGAGCCAGAAAGCGUAAACAUAUGUAAAUAUCURUUCAUGAAAUAAAUGUCUGUCUUCAUCACAACAAUGCCAGCUGCACAAAACUACACUCUGAACCAUAAAACUGUUAUCUUUGCUUGUAUGAUAUUUGUUUAUUUACUGUAUGAUGUAAAUAUAUAAAAAUAAGUGAGUAUAUUC